AUGGGGAGGUCGAGCAAUAUUUCUGUCGUUGUUCCCUCUCCCUCGCCUCAUAUCACCCCUUUCAAGUCCUUCAACGACGACCUCUUCGACCGAACCAUCGAUACCAUCCUCUCCGCAGAAGCAAGCCUCGAAGGUUCCCGUGCGGAAGGCGAAGCUAUGGAUGCUUCCACUACGCCUAGUCUUUUUGGGAAAGGCAGCUUGCACGACUCGCUGGCACUUUCUCCUCGCCGUGCUCGAAGCACCGAAACCAAGUCUUCGCAUUUUCCUACUCCCUCACUGACACCUGUCACUGCCACUACCUCCAUCUCCGAGGUUAAGUCAAAGGACUCCCCGAAAAUAAAAAGCGCUCUGGCAACGAUGGACUUCGGUAAAGAUGCCAAGAAAGAGUCCAAGAAAGCCACUCGCAAACAUUCCAGCAAAGUCCCCAACGAAGACUCUACAGAUGGCAUGGGCCUAGACAAAACCAUACAGGGGCCUGAACAAGCCCUCGAUCUGACUCUUGCUGAAGAAACCGAGGAGUCGCCCGAAGAGAAGAUCUUCGCCUUGGUGAGUCCAGACAAGCAGAUGUCGGUGCUUCAAUUCAUUGCUUCCCACGCUUUUAUGACUACGGAGGUUCAGCCUAUCCUACGUUCAGCCAGGCGCCAAUUCACCGACCAGGUACGAAAUGUGGCUUUCGCAGCCACAAUGAACAAUGGAUCUGUCGAUGCCUUGCUGGAGUUCGUGCGAAAGACUUAUCUUGAAGAGCGUAAUAUCGUGGCGGCAGAUGAUGCUGGUUCUGCCUUUGGCGAUGAAAUCGAUGAUGAAGAGAAACAACCUCCGAAACCUUCACACAAGAAGCGAUCAAGCCUCAGCCGUCAGACCGUGAGAGCAACGGCACUCUUGAAAAUCUCUGAGCAAAAGGAUGAUACCCUGGAUCCGAAGAAACACAAGAGGCGUCACUCCUCAGAACGUGCAACGCGCCACGGUCAUAGUAAGGCCGCGAGCAUCUUGGAUCUCUCUGGCGCCAAAGGUGGCGCUGGGUUUACUGGGCUUAAGAAGCGCAAGAGGCGCCACUCUGAAAGCGCAACACAGCAUGCUCACGAUGAGGCUGGGAUCAAGAAGGUCCGACACUCGGAGACUGCCAGGACUAUUCCUGACGCUGCGAUGGCGAUGGACUGCGUGGAUAUUUCUGGCACUGAAGAAGUUCCUAAAGGAAUGGAGCCGAAGACGCACAAGAAGCGAGACUCUGUCAGUGCACGACAGCAUAGCCAUAAGGGCGGAGUCAAAUCCGACGGGAGCGGUGAGGUACCUUCUCAUGAAAUUUCGCCAGGUGCAUUCAAGCAUUCUGUUUCCAUACCUCCUCCUUCUGAACCUGCCAAAUCGAAGAAAUCGAACAGAGAGAAAAACAGAAAGAAGUACGUUCGGAGAAAACAGCGUAGGCUUGAAAACCGCCUCCGUUUGAGUGGACACCAACCGGAUAUCUCCGCUGAACACCCAGUCCAGCAAAUGACUUCGCCCAUCCGGCAAUCAAGCUCUCGCCAGAAUCCCAGCGAAGGACAGAGCCCUGCUCAUCCUCCACUACCCACUGACCCAAAUCUGUGGGACUUGGAUUUUUGA